ACACAAUGUCAUCAAACUCCAAGAAGUUGAUUCCAGCCACAUCCCGCAAGGGAUGUAUGCGGGGCAAAGGUGGGCCCGAAAAUGCUAAUUGCACGUACAAAGGUGUACGUCAACGCACUUGGGGAAAAUGGGUAGCCGAGAUCCGCGAACCCAAUCGCGGAGCUCGGCUUUGGCUCGGCACCUUUGAUAAUUCUUAUGACGCUGCUGUUGUCUAUGACGCUGCAGCCCUUAAGCUCUAUGGUGCCGAAGCCAAACUCAAUUUACCCCAUCUUUACAACAAUCAGGCCCAGGCCCAUGCCCAGGCCCAAAUCCAGAACUCUAAGCCCAUUACCAUCAUGAGCCCAUCACUAUCUCCCGCUUCAACUACUACUGCUCAAGCUUCUUCUCCGUCUGUAACUUCCGUUUAUAAUGUGGCUUCGCCGUCAACUUGGAGCGUAGGAAGUGAUGAUUCAUCCUUUUAUUUCAACAGCCACGAUUUCGGUAUCAAUAAUGAUAUUCCAUCUGCAUUUAAUUUAAUCGAUAUUAAUAAAACAGCUGAUGAUUAUCCUGAUGAUUAUCCCGUUGAUAAUGCUACCAACGAUAAUCAAAGCAGUCAAGUACUUGGUGGAGAAAUGUUUAGAGAUCUAAACAUGAACUUACCAGAAAUUGAUGAUUCAUCAAUUUGGGAAGAAGCUAAGGCAACAACUUCAUUUCAAGAAGCAGUGAAUGAUCCAGGAAUAGGUGGAUACAACUUGGAUGAUGACCUUAAUUUUCCUCCAUGGUGUGGUUAAAUUAUUAUUAUAUAUAUAUAUAUAUAUGGUAAAAAAUAUAUAUAUAAAGGAAAAUAAAAUAAAAUGCAUGCAAUAUAUAUAUAUGUAUACUUGUGA